GCCGCUGGCCCAGCGAUGGCGGAGCGCGCAGCCGCGGGCGGUGGUCCCGGAGGCGCCGGGGGCGGCAGCGGCCCGCGGGGCUCUGGGGUCGCCCAGUCCCCGCAGCAGCCGCCGCCGCCGCCGCCGCAGCCGCCGCAGCAGCCGACGCCCCCCAAGCUGGCCCAGGCCACCUCGUCGUCGUCCUCCACCUCGGCGGCGGCUGCCUCGUCCUCGUCCUCGUCCACCUCCACCUCCAUGGCCGUCGCGGUGGCCUCGGGCUCCGCCACUCCCGGCGGCCCGGGGCCAGGCCGCACUCCCGCGCCGGUGCAGAUGAACCUGUACGCCACCUGGGAGGUGGACCGGAGCUCGUCCAGCUGCGUGCCCAGGCUGUUCAACCUGACGCUGAAGAAGCUUGUGGUGCUCAAAGAAAUGGACAAAGACCUGAACUCCGUGGUCAUCGCUGUGAAGCUGCAGGGUUCAAAAAGGAUUCUUCGCUCCAACGAGAUCAUCCUGCCAGCCAGUGGCCUAGUGGAAACAGAGCUGCAGCUCGCCUUCUCCCUCCAGUACCCUCACUUCCUGAAGCGAGACGCCAACAAGCUACAGAUCAUGUUGCAAAGGAGGAAGCGCUACAAGAACCGGACCAUCCUGGGCUACAAGACCUUGGCUGUGGGGCUCAUCAACAUGGCGGAGGUGAUGCAGCACCCACACGAGGGCGCCCUGGCCCUGGGCCUGCACAGCAACGUGAAGGACGUCUCCGUGCCCGUGGCGGAAAUAAAGAUCUACUCGCUGUCCAGCCAGCCCAUCGACCACGAGGGGAUCAAGUCCAAGCUGUCGGACCGCUCCCCGGACAUCGACAACUACUCCGAGGAAGAGGAAGAGAGCUUCUCCUCCGAGCAGGAAGGCAGCGAUGACCCCCUGCACGGGCAGGACCUGUUCUACGAAGAUGAGGACCUGCGGAAAGUGAAGAAGGCCCGGAGGAAGCUGACCUCGGCCUCGGCCAUCACGCGGCAACCCAACAUCAAGCAGAAGUUCGUGGCCCUCCUGAAGCGGUUUAAAGUUUCUGAUGAGGUGGGCUUUGGGCUGGAGCACGUGUCCAGGGAGCAGAUCCGAGAGGUGGAGGAGGACUUGGACGAGCUCUACGACAGCCUGGAGAUGUACAACCCCAGCGACAGCGGCCCAGAGAUGGAGGAGACCGAGAGCAUCCUCAGCACCCCGAAGCCCAAGCUCAAACCUUUCUCUCUGUCUCUCUCUCUCACUCCAUCCCAGACGUCAGCAGGGAGCCUAAGCGAUCUUAGCAAAUUAGGAAAAUCUAGCAGUGGACCUGUGGUACAAACUGUUAUGGAGUUGGCUGCUCUAGAAAAAGUCAAAUCUACUUGGAUUAAAAACCAAGAUGACAGCUUGACUGAGACAGACACUCUGGAGAUCACUGACCAGGACAUGUUCGGAGACGUGAGCACGAGUCUGGUGGUGCCAGAGAAAGUCAAAACGCCCCUGAAGUCCAGCAAGACGGACCUGCAGGGCUCCGCCUCCCCCAGCCCCCCGGAAGGCGCGCACACGCCCCGGCAGAAGAGGAGCACGCCCCUGAAGGAGCGACAGCUCUCCAAGCCCCUGAGCGAGAGGACCAACAGCUCCGACAGCGAGCGCUCGCCGGACCUGGGCCACAGCACGCAGGUCCCGAGGAAGGUGGUGUAUGACCAGCUGAACCAGAUCCUGGUGUCCGACGCAGCGCUGCCGGAGAACGUCAUCCUGGUGAACACCACCGACUGGCAGGGCCAGUACGUGGCCGAGCUGCUGCAGGAUCAGCGGAAGCCUGUCGUGUGCACCUGCUCCACCGUGGAGGUCCAGGCCGUGCUGUCCGCCCUGCUCACCCGCAUCCAGCGCUACUGCAACUGCAACUCCUCCAUGCCGCGGCCGGUCAAGGUGGCAGCCGUGGGCGGCCAGAGCUACCUGAGCGCCAUUCUCCGCUUCUUCGUCAAGUCCCUGGCCAGCAAGACCUCCGACUGGCUGGGCUACAUGCGCUUCCUCAUCAUUCCCCUUGGUUCUCACCCUGUGGCAAAGUACUUGGGCUCCGUGGACAGUAGAUACGGCAGUGCCUUCCUCGACUCUGGCUGGAGAGACCUGUUCAGUCGCUCAGAGCCCCCGGUCUCAGAGCAACUGGACGUGGUGGGGCGCGUGAUGCAGUACGUGAACGGGGCAGCGGCGACGCACCACCUGCCCGUGGCCGAGGCCAUGCUGACCUGCAGGCACAAGUUCCCCGACGAGGACUCCUACCAGAAGUUCAUUCCCUUCAUUGGCGUGGUGAAGGUGGGUCUGGUGGAGGACUCUCCCUCCACUGCCGGUGACGGGGACGAUUCACCCGUGGUCAGCCUUACCGUGCCCUCCACGUCACCACCCUCCAGCUCGGGCCUGAGCCGAGACGCCACGGCCACGCCCCCGUCCUCCCCGUCCAUGAGCAGCGCCCUGGCUGUCCUGGGGAGCCCCAGCAGCCCGUACGGGGACGUGAUUGGCCUCCAGGUGGACUACUGGCUGGGCCACCCCGGGGAGCGCAGGCGGGAGGGCGACAAGAGGGACGCCAGCUCCAAGAACACCCUCAAGAGCGUCUUCCGCUCGGUGCAGGUCUCCCGCCUGCCCCACGGCGGGGAGGCCCAGCUCUCUGGCACCAUGGCAAUGACCGUGGUCACCAAGGAGAAGAACAAGAAAGUCCCCACCAUCUUCCUGAGCAAGAAGCCGCGGGAGAAGGAGGUGGACGCCAAGAGCCAGGUCAUCGAGGGCAUCAGCCGGCUCAUCUGCUCCGCCAAGCAGCAGCAGACCGUGCUGAGAGUGUCCAUCGACGGAGUGGAGUGGAGUGACAUCAAGUUCUUCCAGCUGGCGGCCCAGUGGCCCACUCACGUCAAGCACUUCCCAGUGGGGCUCUUCAGUGGCAGCAAGGCCGCCUGAGGCCUGCGUCCUGGCCACUCUCCCUCUGGCACUGCCACUCGAGACGCUGCCUCCCCCUCCACUGCCCAGCCUGCCCUCGGCCGCGCCUCCUCGCCUCUCCCUCCCCCCUAUCUCCUCCCCCCUGCUCCAGGCCCCAGGCAGGUGGGUUUUGCCUCCUGGUGCCCGUGGUCCCUGGCGUCAGGUCCUCUAGGCCGUCCUUCCCAGGACUUGCCACUCUCCCCGCUGUGGCACCAGCGCCCGUCCUGGAAGCAGUAAACCUGGAACUCUGGUCCACAGUGGAGAGCCCACCCCCCAUCCCCCACCACCACUGCCAGGAUCUGGUUUCCCGUGGCCACUGUGGCCUGGCUGCACCUGCGCCUGCAGGACCCCCCCGCGCUCACAGGGGCAGGAAGCACUGCCUGCAGCCGGGGGCAUGGGUCUGGGGUGGGGGCCUGCCCGGUGCCCCCAUGCAUGACUUCCCAGCAUCCCCUGCCCCUGUGGGUGCCACGAGUCCUGAGCGUUUCUUCGGUUCUCUGCACGGCCGAGCCUGGGGGUCGUUCCGUGGGGCCACCCCGUGCACCGGCUGUGGCCGCUUCCUUCCUCUGCCCCCUCCCCCCCAGCACAGCUCUGCCUGGAUCAGAGAUGGAGGUGGACCCCUACCAGCACGUGCCCUGCCAGCUGCCCGGCCCCCUGCCCUGCCCCCCACCCCCGUCUCCCUCCAGCAGGCUCCUUCCCUCCCUUUGGCCACAGACCAGGGUCGCAGCCCCUCCCCGGCCUCCGGAGAGGCCAAGGACACGGGCCAGAUCCCGGCCCGGCCCCGUGGCUGUGGGCCUCCAGGGCUCCCCGUUGCCCCUCGCCCCUCCUAGAACUAGGUUUUUGAAAGUGCUCUCCUCGUCCUCACCUCCCCCGGCGCCUCCACCUCCUCCGCGGCUCAGCCCUGCCGGGCAUCUCUGGGCAAGAGGAGGGGUGCGGGAGAUGGGGUUGAAGCUGGGGUUUUCAUUCAAUAAACUGGUGAUUUCUUAGCA